UGGGGUUUCAAGUAUUCGAUUAUCAAAGUUCUUAGCUUCAAUACACUUCAACGUCUUGUUUAAGAGUUUAGAUCUUAUUCCAGAUCAAACCUCCAAUUAACUUGCGCCCGAUGGCAUUUCGGCCGGUAUGGUCAAAGAUCAAACGUGAACGGGGACGUUAUGGUAGAAUCGGAUAUCAUUUAUUCGCAUUCGCAACAUGGAUUCCAAUGAUCUCCAUGUUCCACCACUACAUUGGCGAAUUCGCAUGGAUUAACGGUCCCUCGAUGUAUCCGUUUUUAAACGCGGAAAAAGACCAGACAACGCGGAAAGACAUAGUGAUCAACUACAAACUCAAUGCGCAAUACGGGUUAGAGCGAGGCAUGAUCGUUACUUUCUGGAAUCCUACUGAUCCGGAGCUCAUUGCCGUUAAAAGAAUUGUUGGGCUUGAGGGCGAUAUCAUAAACACACGAAGUCCUUACCCGUCUAGUACUGUCCGAGUGCCUAUGGGACAUGUAUGGGUUGAGGGAGACGGAGGCGAGCGCUUGAGUAGGGAUAGUAAUAGCUAUGGACCAAUUUCGACAAAUCUGAUAAUUGGUAAGGUCACGCACGUCGUGUGGCCGUGGCAUAGAGCCGGUAAAGUACGGUGGUGGGAAUUCCCUAGGGACAUUAGGAAUUGAGC